UCAGGCUCUGAGAGGCGGGACCUGUCCUCAUGGUAACGAGAGCCGGGGCCGCCGAAGUACCGUUGGGCUGUCGCACCGUACCGUACCGUACCGUACCGUACCGUACCGUACCGUACCGUACCGUACCGUACCGUACCGUACCGCGCCGCACUGUAUCGCGGUGCGCCCGGCCUCGCCGCGGUGCCGCGACCCGCAGAUCCUCAAGAAGACGUCUGGGGGACGCCCCGUACAUUCCCGCACGCAGGAGACACCUCGCCCUUAAGAAGCAGCGGCUCCUCUUCCGCCGCAGAGGGACCGAAAGAUGAAGUGGCUAUCUGUCCUGCCGCAACAGUGGUUUUUGCUGAUGGCAUGUCUCCUAAUGGCCUUGGAAGCUGUACCUAUAGACAUAGAUAAGACAAAAAUCAAAGGAGAAGGACAUGUAGAAGGAGAGAAGGUAGAAAAUCCAGAUACAGGACUUUACUAUGAUGAAUAUCUGAGGCAAGUAAUAGAUGUUUUGGAAACAGAUAAGCACUUCAGGGAGAAACUCCAGACUGCUGACAUAGAGGAAAUAAAGAGUGGAAAACUAAGCAGAGAGCUUGAUUUAGUAAGCCACCAUGUGCGAACACGGCUGGAUGAGCUAAAAAGACAAGAGGUGGCAAGAUUAAGAAUGUUAAUUAAAGCUAAAAUGGAUUCUGUUCAAGACACCGGCAUAGACCAUCAGGCACUCCUUAAGCAGUUUGAGCACCUGAACCACCAGAAUCCUGACACAUUUGAACCUAAAGACUUAGAUAUGUUGAUCAAAGCAGCUACAAGUGACCUGGAAAACUAUGAUAAGACACGCCAUGAGGAGUUUAAGAAAUAUGAGAUGAUGAAAGAACAUGAGAGGAGGGAAUAUUUAAAAACACUGGAUGAAGAAAAGAGGCAGCGAGAAGAAUCCAAAUUUGAGGAGAUGAAGAAAAAACAUGGAGAUCACCCUAAAGUUCACCAUCCUGGAAGCAAAGAUCAGCUGAAAGAGGUGUGGGAAGAAGCAGAUGGACUAGAUCCUAAUGAAUUUGACCCCAAAACAUUUUUCAAGUUACACGAUGUCAAUAAUGAUGGUUUCCUGGAUGAGCAAGAAUUAGAAGCCCUAUUUACUAAAGAGCUAGAAAAAGUGUAUGAUCCCAAAAAUGAAGAGGAUGACAUGGUUGAAAUGGAAGAAGAAAGACUGAGAAUGAGAGAACAUGUAAUGAAUGAGGUUGACAUCAACAAAGACCGGCUGGUGACUUUGGAAGAGUUCCUGCGAGCUACAGAAAAAAAGGAAUUUUUGGAGCCAGAUAGCUGGGAGACACUAGAUCAACAGCAGCUCUUCACUGAGGACGAGCUGAAGGAAUUUGAAAAUCAUAUCUCUCAGCAGGAAGAUGAACUUAGAAAGAAGGCAGAAGAGCUUCAAAAACAGAAGGAAGAGUUACAGAGGCAGCAUGACCAGCUUCAAGCUCAGAAACAGGAGCUUCAGCAGGUACAUGUCGUAAAACAGAUGGAACAAAAGAAACUACAGCAGGGAAAUCCUCCUGCAGGACCAGCUGGAGAACUGAAAUUCCAGCCCCCUGGGGAACACAAAGUUGGAGAUGUACCGAAUCAUCCUGCAGGAGGUGAUCAGCCUUUACCACCAGGACACGUCCAAGAACCAGCUGCUGAUCAAGUUCACCCUUAACCACUUGUGCCUCAACUUUAUAGCAUCUUUAUUAUUUGGGGGGAGGGGGGGAAGAGACAAGAAAUCCAAAUAAAACAUGAACUCUUCACUUUCUUCCCCAGAUUCUGAAAUCAUUGAGAAUGUUAGAGAUGAAGUAUCAGUCAGAUAUGAAUCAUAAACUAAUUUUCUCUCCAGUGCAUCAAGGAGAAACACAAGGAGAUUGUUUAGAGGCUGUAUAUAAUGGGGGAGGGAAUUCAGAAAACAAUAAUACUAAAAGAUAUUUUUAUGUCUGGGGGACUGAGCUGUUGAACUCUUCUCUUACAGAAAAGGAGGAGAUGUCUGCCAUUCUGUAUUUAGGCAUGAAUUGGAAUCUUGUUAGAGAGGAGACAGGGAAACUGGCUUGAAUGUCAAGUUAGGUCUUGAGAAACUCUAUACAGAAAUGCUGGGAAGCAAAAUAUGGGGAAACAAAGACCAUAGAUAAAGGCCUACCAUUUCCAGCACUACCAAACCCUUUCUUCUUUGAGACCAAAUAAAAAUCUAACUUCUAAUCACAGAAAAUUUGCACUUUCUGAAAUCUAAACACAGCAAAGGAUGAUGUGGAACAGUGAAUAUUUUUUGUGUUUACAGAAGCCUAAGAAUUUCACUGUAAGCCUUCAAAAGGAAUACUGUACUUCUGGUGUAUCGGGCUAAACCAUCCUCCUUGUUGAGAUUAAUUCCGUGUAGCAGUUGAAUACUCAUCUGGCUCUUGGGGCAGUGUUUUUGUCUUCAUUCUUUCAUCAGGUGCCAGUUAAUCUCAAGUUUUGCAUGUUAUUAAGUAAGCUUUUAUGUUGAUGGAAAUAUUGUGCAAAACAGAACAGGACUUGUUGUCUUUUUCUGUACAGAUUAUCCUACCUCCUAUGAUAAUACCAGAUUUUUCAAAAUACACCUUCAGAAAGCUCUCAGACAUGGAUCUCUGACUUGCUAAGAGUCUCAGUAUCAACUCUUACAAAUAAACCUUUCAGCAGUUGGUGUCAGUUUCUGAACUGUCCUAAAACAUGAGUGCUACUUAAUUGUAUUAUUUUGUUCUUGAACCAGCAUAGGCCCCUAACAUUGUAAGCCAAGAUUUUACAAGAAUGGAUAAGUUGAUUUUCCUGUGGGUUUUAUCUUGAAAAGUUGUGAGAUUGUCCUUGCUUGUUAUCCAUUUCAGACUGAAAAUAUCCUCAACUGUAAACCCUGUUUGGCUUUUUUUGUUUGCUUAUUUUUUUGUUGGCUUUUUUUUUUUUUUAAACGUGGAUUGUUCUGGCCGUAUAAUGCUGGCUUUGAACUGAUUCACUCACCCUGGCAAACAUCCUUUGCAUUCCUUCCUGUUCCGUGGCUAACUGCUGACAGCGCCAUUAGAGGAGAUCAUUUGGGUUUCACGCAAAGAAACUGGCAAGCCUCAGUUACAGAAAGAUGUUCCUUUCAGAAUACGGCUUCAAUCUUUUAGGCAAACUCCAAAAACAGAGGAGACAAUUACUGGCAUUUUUUGUUAAUAUUUGGGAAGCUUCUUACUCUGAAGAACUGACUAAUAGAAGCUAGGAGUAUUCCUUCCAUGAUGAAGGCUUCUUUCCUCAGGCCUGAGCAUAUGCUUCAUCUCCACACAAUAUAAUAGAACUCACUGCUGGAGCAGAUUAGUUUUCCUCAUCCAUUUCAUCUUCUUAGUUGUCGUGUUGCAUUUUCUUUGUUUAACCACUCAAACAGUUGGACUUCUUUUACUUUUUUGUUGUUGUUCUCAAUGCAAAUGGUUAACAUUUUAAUUUAGUUUCCAAAACCAGUGUCUCUACUGUUUGUAAUUUCUGUUCAAUUCUAACAUCAGUUUGAUUAUGUCUUACCUUUCAGUAACUUCACCUGUUUGCUAAGAGGCCCAGGCAUAGUUGCAGUUACAUCCAGACCAAGUUUCUCAGUGCACAGCCCUGGCUUUGUGAUUGUAGCCUGCUGAUGGGUAACAGUGAGGAGAGAAAUAAAAAAGGCGUUAUCCAAACAUUGUGGAAAUGGUGAGGAGAAUUUUUUUUGUGUUCACCCGAUCCCACACAAGAGUUUACGGAGGACAAAUGAUAACAGGCACAGAUGUUUGUAGGGAAUUAAGGACUGAAACCUUUGGUGUGAAAAAGCAGUUCUGUCAUACAAUUCCUUCAGACUACAUCUGCCUCCUAUAAAUGUCACUAUCUGUAAUUACAUGCUUUGUAAUAAUCAAGCUUCAGUUUCAGUGCAACCUCAUGCAUUAUAAUUGUUAGAUUCUUACUCUCCAUGCUAUUGGAGAAGGGCAUUAUAUCCCACCUUUAUCCCAUUUACUUUGAAACAUCCAUAGUUUGUGAAGAACUUUUGUAACUUGGAUGUUGAACUCAGCUUCUGCUCACCACAGUGUAGUGAGUGCCAGCGGUGACUCUGGAGAAGCUGUUUGUGAGAAGCCAGAGUUUUCAUUUGUUUCAUCAUGAGUUAGCAUUAAUGAAAGUUCCUCACUUUGUAUUUCAACUGUCCCCUGAGGUGUAUCCAGUGUAACAUGGUGUGCAUCUUUCCUUCAAUUGCUAUCUGAUACCUAAAUGUAGUGUUAAUUAGUAGGCUUACAGUUUAGCAAUAUGAUACAGACUUUCUGUUCAUUUUUUAGAAGUGGAAACGGGCAAUUUUUUUCAUCCUUAGAAUUGGUUUAUCUCUAACAAGAAUCAAGGUUUAGUCAAACUGACAGUUAUUUGCACUAAAUUAAGUGGAAGUCAGAGCCUCAGUCCUCAAUAACGCUUAAGUUAUGGAACUCCUACUGAGAACACAUCUAGUUUUUGCCUAAAUGUUUUUUAUAUGAGAGUCCAAACUAGAACUUCAUACUCGUCCAUUCACUUCAAAAAUCUCAUAUGCAUGAGUACCUGUAUUGCAUGUCCACAAAGACAGCAAGGACUUUCAAAAGAUGGUCUGUGAGGUCUGGUCUAUUGACAGACCAUGAUCGCCUAGUACUGUCCAUCUCAUUCUCUUCUGGAGAGGAGGGCAGCUAUCAUUCUUCAGGCUCAGGCUAAAAGAGGUCUCUGUCUGAGUGUAAUAAAGUUACUAAACUAUUUUUGCAGAUCAAUUCUGAAGUGUGGUUUAAAUAAGAGUUAUCUCACUGUGAGGAACAUCUGCCUUAGAGGUUAUGUAAUGUGCUGAAGUCAUGCUUACACAUUAAAUGUUUAGCAGAUUUGUUGCUUUUUAAUGUGUGUGUUUCUUUCGAUGCUGAUGUCUUUUAAUUGUGUUCUCUCUUCCAUAAAAGAGACUUAAAGUAUCAGCUACUAAAAGCAUGUUUCUGCCAUGGUACUGAUUUCUCAGGAGCUUUUCAGAGUUGGAAAAAUAAAACAAAAUAAGCUUACAGUUAAGUGAGGAGGUAGAAAGCUGUAAUCAAAGAUAAAAGGGACUGGAAUAUCAUGGGCAUCAGUGCUUUCAUCUGUACUCAGCUUUUAAUUUAGGAGGUGACUACAAGAAAACUGAAUGUAGGUUCAUACAAACACCUGUUCCAAGACAAGGAUGCAGAGAUUUGGCUUUUUACUUGACUGAGAUUUUGGUAGGAGGGUGAAGGGGUAAGAUUUGGUCAGUGUUGUACAAAUUCAUAUCCUCCAGUGCAAUAUGUGUAGAAAAAAAGAAAAAAAAGCCCCGCUCUGUACUUUGUAUAGAUUAGUUUUUAACUGGAUUAAACUGAAACUCAGCACAGUAA